CUAGCCUGCUACCUGCCCCCUGCCCCACCUGUACUCGCGGCUUCAAUAAGCGAAAAGUCUAGCACGCUUCUUCUGGGCAUACUAAUUUGACUCUACGGCAAUGCACACAUUCGAGAGAACCUAUGAUUACGUACUUCUUCGCUGUGUAUGGCAGGCUGAUAGCGCAGCCGAUUCUACGACAAUGCACACAUUGGAAAGAGCAUGUGACUACGGCAACGUACACGUUGACCUUUCGAAUGCACACAUUCCUCUGUUUGUAAAGUCGGCUUCAUAAUGGUGCACCCUCCAUCUGCUAAAUCCGUCAAAGCAUCAUGUCGUCUCUUGCUCGUACCGGUGACCUCUUCCAUUAUCAUCAGUAUAAUAGGAUUGGGGAUGGUUCCCUCAACAUUAUUGGCGUCUUUUCAGCAUCCUCAAAGCAUGAAUACGCCGUACGAAUGUACUAUUCUGCGGAGCAGCGACUCUGGCUCGCAGAGUAUGGACCAGCCUUCGAACAGGCGGUACUUGCACACACUGUGUUGCCUUUUUUCGAAGGACUUUGCGAGGAAUAUUUUACUGCGUGGCCGGAAGAUGAAGCCGAUAUGUUAAUGGAAGAGGAACGGGUAGCAGAUGAAGAACAACGAAAAAUCGAAAUUUUUACGCUUUAUAUUAUGGGUCUCAAGCAGUUGUGGCUGUACCACCAACGCGCUCCAUAUGGCUGGGAUUACGGGAUGGUUAUUCAGCAACUAGAUGACUUGGAGGACAUCAUCACUCGUGAAUUCCGAAAGAUUAGUUAUGUUUUUGGUCAUCCUCGCGUUAUCGUACCUUCCUACAGUCCUAUCAUAUUUGACAUUGAUAUUUAGCUGCUGGAUAUAAAUGUCUAUCGUGAACUAACUUUGGUACCAUGUAGACUAAGUACUUGUGGUACGGUUAUCGAGAUCUGUAGUCGCUACAUCAUGCUGAGAC